AUGGUCGCUCCGCAACAAUGGCAGAUCUGUGUUGUCCGUGGCGUUCACGGGAAUAGCGGCGGCGCUCAUGGACGGUGGUAUGACCGUUCACUCGACGUUCGGUUUGCCUUUCGGUACGCUCAACGAAGAUUCGACGUCGUCCAUCGCCAUGCAGUCUCGCGUAGGAUACGGGAGGCGGCACUCAUCGUCUGGGACGAAGCGCCCAUGUCUCCGGGGCUCCAACUGACGGUGGUCGACCGGUUGCUGAAGGACAUAAUGCAAUCGGAACUGCCGUUCGGUGGUAAGACGGUUCUAUUCGCGGGUGACUUCAGACAGAUACCACCGGUGGUCCGCAGGGGGACGAGGGCCGCGAUCGACGGGAACGUGAACACCGCCGAAAUCCCCAGGAAUAUGGUAUGUGACAUAGCUAAUUUGAUUGAUUUUGUUUACCCGCAGCAAAUGUCGUUGGCUAACGUCAACGACUUUGCUCGGAAAAUAAUUCUCUGUCCCCGGAACGAGGAUUGUAGGCAGGUCAAUCGCAUGGUGCUGCAACGCCUCACUGGUGCCGCGAGAACCUACACCGCCAUACACACGGUGGUGGCGAACGAGAUUGCCAACUACCCGACCGAGUUUUUGAACUCGCUGGAUCCCGAGGGACUUCUUCCGUACAGGCUGACGCUGGUGGUCGGUUCCGUGGUCAUGCUGCUGCGGAACAUCGAUCCAAAAAUCAGAAUGUGAAACGGAACAAGGUUAGUGGUUACGGAACUGAGGCGCAAUAACUUCAAAGCGAGGUUGUUGGAGGACGCGGGGGAAGGGCAGGACGACAUCGUCAUCCCCAGGAUACCGCUGUCGUCCAGCGGAGACGACGACCUGCCCUUCACCAUGCGUCGGGUUCAGUUUCCGGUGAGACUUUCGUUCGCGAUGACGAUCAACAAGU